CAGUGAGCGCGCGGCAGCAGCAGCAGCGUGUUUCUGCUGGAUGCAGUCAUUCAAUCUGUGGUGAGACUCACAGCUUCCAGGUGGCGAUCAACUAACUACAGUGUAGCUACAGUGAGAAACAGCCACACAUCUGACUGAGAAGAAAAUAAUCGGAGUUAUAUUUCUGGGAAUUUGUCAUUUCACGAAGAAGAAUAAUAGAAAAUCCCCAGCGAUCAGUUUGGACUUGAUGAGAAAGUUAAGAAGUCCCGCUCUUGAGGAUCCCAGCGGAAUAUGAUUUGAAUUAAAGGAACUUACUACACUGUUGCUCGCGAACAGGAUGAAUCCCCGCUUGCUUCAUGCCGUCAUGCUGCUGUGGGUCUUGUGCUCCAGUGUGCAGGGCCAGUGUGAUAAAUCACCCGAGACCAACAAACUCAACCUCUCGGUGAACUACGAGCUCCCGACGUUCACGGCAGACUUCCCGAUCCAGAACAUGGUGACGCUGGAUGGGAUCAUCUAUGUUGGGGCUGUAAACAGGAUCUAUGCCUUGGCACCGAACCUCACAAAGUUGUCAGAAUACCACACGGGGCCGCUGCUUUCCAACGAGACCUGUGGCCAGACAUUAACAGGCGCUAGCAGUGGCAGCAAGGUGGACAACCACAACAUUGCUUUGGUGGUGGAGAACAUCUACGACAAAGGGUUGUACAGCUGCGGAUCGGCAGACAAUGGCGUUUGCCGGCGUCACGUCCUCGAUGAAGACACUAGCCCGAAAACCGUCGACGAACACGUCUACUGCUUCGCCGACAAAGUGAGGAAAGGCAAAGGUCAACCCAUCGACUCGGAUGUUGUUGUGAGUGCUUCAGGCUCUCAGGUGCUUAAUGUGGAGAGCAACUUCAUCACGUUCUUCGUCGGGAACUCCGAGAUCCCAGGGACAGGAAACGUAUCGGACAGUGCAACUCAUCCCCAUACCAUCUCUCUUCGGAAGAUGAAGACGAGCCAGAACGGCUUCACCUUCUACUCAGACCUCUCGUACAUGGACCUGAUUCCACCGCUACGAGGAAACUACUACCUGCGAUAUGUUUACUCCUUCCACAGUGGACCGUUCACCUACUUCCUGACGGUGCAGCGGGUGAGCAUGGACUCCGAGGCCUACCACACCCGCAUCGUCCGGAUGUGCUCCUCGGACCACGUGAUCCGCCGAUACGUUGAGAUGCCCCUCGAAUGCAUCAGCACCGAUAAAAGGCGACGACGCUCGCCGGAAAUUGACACGGUUUUUAACAUCCUCCAGGCAGCAAACGUCACCAAGGUGGGGAAUGACGUUGAGCUGCAGAAACAGCUGAAGGUGGAGAAAGGCGACGACGUGUUGUUCGCAGCGUUUGCUCAGGGGAAGCCGAACUCUCCGGAGCCGACAGCGAACUCAGCCGUCUGCAUCAUGUCCCUGAAACACAUCAACAACAUGUUCAAGUUCUACAUGCAGAGGUGCCACACAGUGGACCCGUUUCACUUCACAGGAUCUAACAAGAAGUCCUGCUACAAUGCGAGUUCAUCAGACGACUGCGACCCACAUGAGGGAAUCAACGAAGGGAAGGAGAGCAAGUACCGCCUGCAGGUGACCCAGUUCGUCCAGAGGCUGGAGUACUGGCAGAAAGAGUUGACCAACACCUUGGUUACAUCCAUCACCGUGGUAACAGUCCAUGGCCGAGCUGUGGCGUAUUUGGGCACCUCCGAUGGACGCCACAUUCAGGUGCUUGUCUCCCGCUUCGCCUCCCCUCAUGUGAACGUGCGUCUGGACUCUCAGCCCGUCUCGGCCAGCGUUGCUCUGCUGGAGGCCGACGGCUCAGGAGGAUCUCUGCUGAUGGCCACUGGGAACAAGAUCACUAAAGUCCCUCUGAUUGGCCCCGGCUGUGAUCAGCUGACCACCUGUACUUCCUGUUUGUUGUCGUCACGGGUGACAGAAUGUGGCUGGUGUGAUGGACGCUGCACCAGAGCCAAUCAGUGUCCCUCCCUCUGGACCCAGGACUACUGCACACCCGUCAUCACUAAGAUUUUUCCAACCUCUGGACCAAUACGAGGUUCUACAACUGUGACCAUGUGUGGGAGAAACUUUGGAUUCGACAAGACGGAGAACUUCAAGGGGUCUGUGGUGACGGUGGAGGUGGCAGGAGCUCCCUGCAAACUGCCCAGACAAGACAGUAUCAACAGGUGGACUGAGAUGCAGUGUUCCCCCGUGUUCAGCGGGAACUUCACCCCGUCAGGACACACAGUGAAGGUCACCAGUGGAAAUAUGGUGGCCACGAUGGAGGGCUUCACUUUUGUGGACCCUGUGAUCAGCGAAAUCUUCCCGACAUUCGGACCAAAGUCUGGAAACACCAUGCUGACCAUCAGAGGAGCCUUCCUGGAUUCUGGGAACAAGAGAGAAGUGAUGAUAGGGAAAGCAGCCUGUAAGGUCCAGAGCUUGUCCUCCACCAUGCUGACCUGUAAGACACCUCCACACGCCGUUCUCUCCGAACAACCCGUGAAGCUGACGGUGGAUUCGGUGGAGCUUCACGCGCCGGUGCGGUUCACCUACAACCAAGACCCCAUCAUCAACAGCAUCCAGCCCUCGCGCUCCUUCGUCAGUGGAGGCUGCACCGUGUCGGCUCACGGUUUCUUCCUGCAGUCCGGCCUCCAACCUCAGAUGAUCCUCAGCACCGGUCAGGAUGCGGAGGUCUUCCAUGUGAGCUGUGUGUACGGGGAGAACCGGACCUCCAUCCAGUGCAGCACCCCCUCUCUGGCCAAACUGGCCCUGCAGCCGCCCGUCGUCACCAAGAUGGCGUUCGUUCUGGACGGAUACCUAACGGAUCAGUGGGACCUCAUCUACGUGGAGGAUCCUCACUUCCAGGACCCCAAACUCACCUCCAAGGACAACAAGAGCAUCGUGGUGCUCAAGGGCGCCCACAUGGACCGGGAGGCGAUGAAGUGCCAGGUGCUGACGGUGUCCAACCACAGCUGUGAGAGUCUGAUCCUGACGGGGAACACUCUGCGCUGCACCGUGCCCAACGAGCUGCAGAGCAACGCCGCCAUGAAGGUGGAGUGGCGUCAGGCGGGCUCCAUCCUGCAGCUGGGCACGGUGACGCUGGCCAAGGAGCCGGACUACACGGGGCUGAAGGUGGGCUGCGUGUCCGUCAGCCUGCUGCUGCUGCUACUGCUGCUGCUGGGGUCUCUGCUGCUGUGGAGGAGGAACAAGCACAUCGACGAUCUGUCUGAGGUGUGGUAUGAUGGCCGGGGUCACAUACAGCAUCUGGACCGGCUGGCUAACGCGAGGAGCGUCAGCCCCACGAACGAGAUGGUCUCCCACGAGUCCGUCGACUAUAGAACCACCCUGCUGGAUGAUCAGAACACCGACAGACCUGAGACGUGCCGAGGUGCUCCUCCGAUCUACGGGGGGAACGGCGAGCUGCUGUCCCCCAGACUGGGAGGGAUGGGGAUAGGGAUGGAUGGAGAGCUGGUGUCUCCCCUCCUCAUGGCCCCCGUCCACAUCGACCCCUCCUCCCUCCACCCUGAUCUGCUCAAAGAGGUGCAGCACGUGGUGAUCACCAGGGACCAGCUGCUGCUCCACCUCAACCAGGUCAUCGGGCGAGGGCACUUCGGAUGCGUUUUCCACGGAACGCUGAUGGAGCCGGACGGGCAGAAGCAGCACUGCGCCGUCAAGUCUCUGAACCGCAUCACGGACCUGGAGGAGGUGUCCCAGUUCCUGAAGGAGGGGAUCAUCAUGAAGGACUUCUCCCACCCCAACGUGCUCUCUCUGCUGGGGAUCUGCCUUCCUCCGGUGGGCUCCCCCCUGGUGGUACUGCCCUACAUGAAGCACGGAGACCUGCGCAACUUCAUCCGCGACGAGGGACACAACCCCACAGUGAAGGACCUGAUGGGCUUCGGGCUGCAGGUGGCCAGAGGGAUGGAGUAUCUGGCCUCCAAGAAGUUUGUGCACAGAGACCUCGCUGCCAGAAACUGCAUGCUGGAUGAGAGCUACACGGUGAAGGUGGCAGACUUCGGGCUGGCUCGAGACGUUUACGAUAAAGAAUAUUACAGCGUUCACAACAAGAGCGGAGUGAAGCUGCCCGUCAAGUGGAUGGCUCUGGAGAGUCUGCAGACACACAAGUUCACCCCCAAGUCUGACGUGUGGUCGUUUGGCGUGUUGCUAUGGGAACUGAUGACCCGAGGAGCUCCUCCGUACUCGGACGUGAACUCCUUCGACAUCACCAUCUUCCUCCUGCAGGGGAGGAGGCUGCUGCAGCCCGAGUUCUGCCCCGACGCCCUAUACACGGUGAUGGUGGAGUGCUGGCACCCGAAGCCGGAGCGCCGCCCCUCCUUCUCCGACCUCGUGGCCCGGAUCUCCUCCAUCUUCUCCAGCUUCAGCGGCGAGCACUACGUCCUGCUCAACACCACUUACGUCAACAUCGAGAAGAUGAGCCUUACCCCUCGCUCCUCUCCUCCUCCCCUCCUCCUCCUCCACCACCAACACCAACGUCUCUACUCCUCCUCCUCCUCCUCCGACCCUUCCACCUCCACUUCCCUGCCCACUCAAUCCCAGUUCUUCUGCCGCGUGGAACGGGAAUGCUGCACCUGAGAGAGGAAAACUGGGCGGGAAUAGACUCAGAAAUUGAGAGGAAAACGCAAAGGGUGAUGAAGAACUACUGUAUGUACUUGCCAAACACUGUAUGCUGAGGAAAAACACUCAAAUAAAUCUACAUAAUCGACUGAAAUGUGACUUUUUGGAGCAUCGCCAAUAGACUGAAGUCCUUGUAUGGACUUUUCUGACCUCUCAUGACCCCGAGGAUCAUGAGGUCAGACUUCCUGCGUUUUUUACAAGACAAUUAGACACAGGAAGUCCUCAAAACGUCACCGAACGCUAUCACGAAACACCCAAAACCCUUGUCGGGAGGAUAUAUUUCCUGCUCCUCUGUGGGUGGCAUCGUGUGCUCCGAUACGAGGACUCUUUCCGCCGUCUGUAAUGUGAAUGUUUGACAAAUGGCCAUGUAUAGAAAAUGUCACAUCCUCAAAAGGCCUCAUUUGAUGGAUUGCGAUGCCUCGGGUGUGUAACUGUGGAAGUCAAUGAUGGCGAGGGAAGUGUAGGUGUAUGACAACCAUCUCUCCUGCCUGUGUGCAGUUCACUGGAUGCUUUAUUUCUGUAAUUACAGUACUUUGGACCAUUAGCUUUUACGUGCUUGCAGAAAAAAACUCUCGGUGACUGUGUGAAAUCCCCAGGUGUUUCCAAAGAAAAGGGUCCGAACGCUAAACCCUUUUAUUGUCCGCUUUAUUUUCCUUUCUGGAACCCUGAAACAUGUCAAAACCUGAACGCUUUGAGCUUUUCUUUUUAGGGAGUAGGACGAGUGAGAACUGUGUCCUGGGAUCACUGUGCGUCCACUUUAAGGAUUUAAGGACAGGUAAAUGUCUGGUAAAAAAAGGAACUUAGACACAUUUGUUUUCCUGUACCAGACACUUAAAAGGUAAUGUCAAUAUUUCGGUGAUUUGGAUAUUGGACAACACUGUCAAAUACUUAAUUGUUUCCUAAAGAUUUGACUCCCAAAAUGUCCCUUUAUUAGUCUCUCUGUCAUCUGGCUUCAAACAGGAGUGUUGUUAUCUCACUCUCUUCUAACUCUCUGUGCAUUAUGAAGAAAUAUUUUAAUGUUAAAAGGCUGUUGUAACAGUGUGUUGCAAAUCUUUUAACUACAAAUCAUGUACAAUUUGCACUUAUGUUGACUAUUUUUAAAAGCAUAUUAUACAGGUUUUCUUUCUAAUCCAUGCAGCUAAUGGCUUUUAUUCAUUUCUGCCCAGUAUGAAAAUCACAUUCAGAUUCUUGCUUGAGACAUUAAGGCUGGAGCCACACGAGAACGGUAACGGUCGUAUCCGCUACAGUUCUCUAUCAGAUAGACGGUUCGGCCACACGAGGCCGACAGGGGAACGCAGAGAACGAUAACGGGUCCCACGGUGGGUAGAUCUGCGGACGAAACGCUCUGGGGGGCCACACGGCUCCGUGUCUACGCCCUAUAUAUGAUCAUUUUCUGAUGACGCAAUAGCCCCGCCUCUCCCCACCUCUCUUGCUCACCCCCGUGUCACCCGCGUCAUUGCUGAUGUUUCGCCAACAACAACAACAGUUUUCCGAGUGUUUGAGCCAGGUCCCGGUAUCUCGCAGGACCGUGCACCCAGCAGGUGCCUCCAGCAGAACCCCCCUGCACGGCAGAGUUUGCGUUAGCUGAAAUCUAAAAUUCUCAGGUCAAAAUGUGGCUUAUUGUUUAGGUGUCCUUUGACACUCAGGCAUAUCAUUAGCUAGAACUAGCUAGAUCUGAUCGAUAUGGUCAUAAACGUGAAUUAAGUCUAAUCGGACAGGAGAGAGAGAUCAGCUGCUGCUGGCGGAGAGAAAAAAAGCCCUGCCUCUCCUAACCUCUGCUGCUAAAUCCACCGUGGAAAAUAAACAGAAGGGCAACCAUGGAAA